CGUCUCCGGCGGAGACGGCUCUUGCUGCUGCGCCUGCCGCCAGCACCGCUUCGCGCGUCGGUGCGCCUUCUCUCUCGCCUUCCCUUUGCUUGGUUCUUUUCGGCGCUGCCCGGCGGGCCCGAGUCGGCGCCGCCGCCGCGCUCUUUGGGCGCAGCCUCGGUCUCCCGCUCGCGGGCUCCGGAGAGGCGCCGGUCCCGCGCUCCCCCUUCACCUACUCCUCGUCUCCCGCUGGUCCUGGCCGGACCGGGCUGGCUGGGCCUUCAGCAGCGCCGCUCCAGCUCCAGCUGCUGCUGCCGGGCUUUUUCGAGGGGGCGAGGACGGCUGCGCUUCCCGCUUGGGCGGCCGGGGGUCCGGCUCGGAUGGCGGACGGCGGCGCCCAGCACCAGCAGCUCGUGCCCGGCGUCCCAGCGCCGCGAGGGAUCAAGCGGGAACCCGAACUGGAGCAGCCCAUGCCCGGAGGCGACGGAGCCGAUAGCGGCCUUAGUAAGAGGCUGCGGACCGAGGCGGAGGUGGACGGAGGAGGCAUGCAGAAUGAGCCUCUGACUGCCAGUUAUCAUGGGUAUCCAGGAAGAGACAGUCAGGGUAACCAGGAGCCGACAGCCACUCCUGACACGAUGGUCCAGCCAUUCACAACAAUCCCAUUCCCACCUCCCCCACAGAAUGGGAUUCCCACAGAGUAUGGCGUACCCCACACUCAGGACUAUGCAGGCCAGACCAGCGAGCACAAUCUGACAAUCUACGGGAGUACACAGGCGCACGGAGAACAGAACACGAACACAGCCACCACACAGAAUGGAUCUCUUACGACAGAAGGAGGGGCACAGACGGAUGGCCAGCCGUCACAGACACAAAGCAAUGAGAGUACCGAGAGCAAAUCUACUCCAAAGCGGCUGCAUGUCUCCAACAUUCCCUUCCGCUUUCGGGAUCCUGAUCUCCGGCAGAUGUUUGGGCAAUUUGGCAAAAUCCUUGAUGUAGAGAUAAUCUUUAAUGAACGUGGCUCCAAGGGAUUCGGGUUCGUAACUUUCGAGAAUAGUGCUGAUGCAGACAGGGCCAGGGAGAAAUUACACGGCACCGUGGUAGAGGGCCGUAAAAUCGAGGUUAAUAAUGCCACCGCCCGUGUGAUGACUAAUAAGAAGAUGGUCACACCGUAUGCAAACGGUUGGAAGCUAAGCCCUGUGGUUGGAGCAGUGUAUGGCCCUGAAUUAUAUGCAGCAUCCAGUUUUCAAGCAGAUGUCUCGCUGGGCAAUGACGCUGCAGUGCCCCUGUCAGGAAGGGGGGGUAUUAACACUUACAUUCCUUUAAUCAUUCCCGGCUUCCCUUACCCAACUGCAGCCACCACAGCAGCCGCAUUCAGGGGAGCUCAUCUGAGGGGCCGAGGGCGGACAGUGUAUGGCGCAGUGAGAGCAGUACCUCCAACAGCCAUCCCAGCUUACCCAGGUGUGGUUUACCAGGACGGAUUUUACGGUGCUGACCUCUAUGGCGGAUAUGCAGCCUACAGAUAUGCACAGCCUGCUACCGCAACGGCAGCCACUGCUGCUGCAGCCGCUGCAGCGGCUUACAGCGAUGGUUAUGGCAGGGUGUACACAGCAGACCCUUACCACGCCCUUGCCCCUGCCGCUAGCUAUGGAGUUGGCGCUGUGGCAAGUUUAUACCGAGGUGGCUACAGCCGAUUCGCCCCUUACUGAAGUGACAUGAGCCCCCUGCAAGUGGGACAGCCCCCCCAGUUCAUGAGGCCUGGCUAUUGCAAUAUUUACUAGUAGAGGAACUCUAUAGCAAGAAGAGGAGGAAAACAAAAGAAAAAAAACGAGAAAUACUUUUUUAUACCUCACUAUGUUCUUUGAAUAUGUAUUUUUCCUUUAAAUUUCUGCCUUUAAUUCUUUUGUUCCAAAGAUUGUGCAUUUUUGGGGUUUUUUUGGUUUUGUUUUUUUAAAAACUGUGGUAAACAUAAUGCAUUUCCAUGUGUGUAUAUGCGUAGCUUAUCCUACCAAUCAUAAAAAGAAAUGAAUAGUGCUAAGGAGCACCAUUAGGAACCAGUAUCAUGGAACUAAAUCGGGAACAUGCAGACGUUUUAUUUUACCUGGGUCUGGUGCCUGAGGCCUGCGAUACACAAGGAAUAGCCCCCCUCCGCCUGCAAAGGGCAGUGCUGAUUGGCUGCAGCUGGAACCUGCAUGCUGUUUGGAAACACAAAAUGUUCCCUUUUUAUCAUCACCUGACAAACAUGGGCUCAGGACAGUUCUAGAAGUGUCAAGAUUUUAGAGUUUUCAAGACAAGACUCCUCAAAACUGCCCAAAGACUUCGUCUGUUAAUGGUUUUAGGGGGACAAGACUUGAAAUACAUUUAUGAUCUUACUGCUUCUAUACAUAAGGCCCCCCUUUAGUGAUUAACGUCCACUACCAAGGCUGUCCUUAGUUUCUUUCACUUGCUAUGGUCUUCCUCUCUUCCUGUCCUUCCCCUCUUUUCUUUUCUGGAGGAGCAGCAGAUGUGGGACAACGACUGCAGAACUUGAAGCCAUGGUGAAGAGUUACAUCUUCAAUAACAAGGAAUCUGAUGGCCAUGUCGUGCACACCCUGAAGUUAUAGAAGAAUGAUUGGGGGGUGGGGGAGCUUGCACCAGUGCCACUCUGAGCUAAUCAUUCACCCAGUUUCCAAGAUCCUUCUUCUUUUCACCCUAAGAUACUUAGCUUUGCUGCAAGUAUGCCACCAAAAAAAUUGCUUGAAGAGAAGAAUAUGGCCUGGAUUAUGAACCUAGAAAAGCAGCAGAGGCAGUGGGAAUGAUAUUUUGUGUUGCAAAACUAUACUUAAAGUAAUCCUUGUGUAGCUUCAGCGUCUGGGGACAAGCAGAAAUAUAUUUCAAAACACGAUUUAUAAAUGGAAGAAACUUCUGACUUAUUAUGUAACACAGAGCCUUUAGUGGGUCAUCUUCUGCCUCUCUGGAGAGAAAUCUGUGUCCAUACUGCUCAGCUUGGAUAUGAAGUGCAGGUUGUGAGGUCUUCAAAAAGACUCUGAGCCCAGGGAUCCCCCUCCUUUACAUUUUUUUAAAAUACAGUAUCAUGGAAUGUCCUUUUUAUUAUGCAGUGGGUUAUCUUGUAAAUUGCUAUAGAAGCAUGAGUGUGAUGACAAGCAAGCCUCUGCUCCCAGAUAUCUGCCGCCAACAUUUGGAAAUUAAAAGGGGCAGAUGAGGUCCUGCUUUGCCCUCUAAGCUUUCUUGAUUCUCUCAGCACCUCUUGCAGACUCUCUGCAGUUUUGUCCUGAAAAAAACCCUACAUGUUAGAGAAGCACAAUUCCCUUUGGCUCCUUGGCCUGCCUACAUUGGUACUGGGUGACCUUUCGCCCCUGAAAGGGCAGCUAGGGGUGGACUUGUAGCUGAAGCCUUCUCAACUUCUGCCAUCAUCUGCUCACCACCAGUGAUGCCAGCUUAGGAACGGAGACACCUUGUUGCCGCUAUUGAGGAGGUUCGCUGACCCAGCCUACGCAUAACUUGCAUCUUCUGCUCCCACUCCUGUAGUGCCCUCUCAGCGCUUGCCAGAGAGCACCAAGGAUGCUGAACAGGGUUCCUGAAGCAAGAAGGACAGAGGAGAUCUGAAUUAAGCUAGAGACUCUUAACCAUAUUGAUUCUCCGGAACAAGGCGACACCAAACUGCCAGCCUAUUGGCCACUUUUUGUUUUCGUUUUGUUUUUUGUUGUCUUGCUUUUCAAGCCAAAGUUUGGUUUGUUGCUGUUUAUGACAAUUUCUGUUGGUUUUUGUAUAUAAAUAUUUUAGUUAGGCUGAAAAUAUGGAAUAGGAGAGUGGGGUGUCAGGGCUAACAUGAAAUCAAGGAAAAGUAAGAGGAAGGUCAGGUUUUACAACUUGCAUAAAUUUUCUAGUGUCAUAUUCUCCGGAAGUCUGUAUCCAUCACAAAGUGGAUUGGGGGGGGUGAGUCGGGGGGGGGGGUUAGGAUCAGGUUCCUGCUAGGGGAAUGAGACACAGCAAAUACCUCUGAACUGCAUUACCAGCCACAUAGGAGGGGAGCCUUCUGUUAGCAUUAUGGAGAAAAGAUGCAGUUUGCAUAUAGCUCUCUUGCAUUUGAAAUAUCAGGUGGUUUGGAUGCAAAUGGAUUUUCCAGGCUAUGUAAUUCUUCCAUUAAGGAAUCUGAGCACCACUGAGUGCUGGUCAUGAAAGGCCAAGUGGACCUACUAGCACAUCCCAUUAUAAAUAAUUCCUGGUUUGAGCAUCGGUCACCUUGGCCUUUAUCUGAGCUGCUGUGCAUGCCCUGAAAUCUGAUUUUGAUCAAGGCACUUUCCUGUUAAACAAAAGAACAAGGCUUCCCCUCUUCUGUGCUCGUCAGUGAUGUCACUUUGACAAUACAUUCCCAUCUACAGGUAUCUCCGAAGCCUCAGAAUAUCUUAACGAACCGGUCUUGUUAUAUUGCAGCUUUUUAGUAAGAUAUUAUACGGUUAUCCUUCCUAGAGUGGCUGCAACACCUUUAUAGAUGUGGGUACAAAGUUAAAGCUUUGCAGGUCUUCCUAAGAGCAACCCUCAAUACUAGAAUAGAUGUGGAGGAACACUUCAAAUUUCAAGGGUAGAAACCAAAUUUAGCCAAAGUAUCCUUUGCUGUGUCCCACUCCUAAAGAGGGAGUUGGAAGGGAAUCUGGGAGAUAUAAUGCUGCUUGUCAGUGCUCCAGCAUGCCAGCAUCUGAGAGAUCCUUAGCUCUUUUGGGGUUGGUGGGCAAGGAGACUAAAAUAGGGUGUUGCCGGUUUGCACUGGUUUUAACAUAGGAAAGCGAAAACCCUAACGAACAAGGUGAAGAACCGGUGUAAAGGGUUUUUUUGUGUGUGUUUGUUUUUAUUUGUCAUGCUCUUGCGAAUGUCAAACAUGUUUGUAGUAUACACCAGUGUGACUUGAUUCUUUGUUGCAUAAAACACUAUUUUGAUGAUGAUAUUGUCUGAACAGCCCACCCUUCUCUGCCCACUCCCUGCCUCCCUUUCCUAUUUUGAAAUUGCUUUUUAUUCUGUAAUGAAAAGAAAUGAAACCUCCAGUUAAUGAGGCAAGCUGAUUUCUGGUUGUCGAGUAAAACUGGUCUUUUCUGUGUAUUUUGCGGGUGUUCUUCUCCUUCACCCUCCCUUGGUCAGUUUAAUCCCAAGACACAAAGUGCAUCACUCCUGGUUCUCCUCUGUGAAGCAAACUGCAGUAAGAUGUCAGUUUUCAGAGCUGUCUGCCAUAACUAACGGUGACGAAAGAACACACUGGGAAUAAUGUAAUCCUCUCCAGUAACUUUGUCGAGUUGACAUUUCCAGGCUGUGGCCAGGUACAUAUUAGGAGGACUUCCAGAUAAAUUGAAUCUAAACACUGCCAGUUGAGGAGGACUGGAAACUGAAUAAAACAACAACUGCUCCUCAGCAGUUGCCAUCUUUCCUGCCAAGGUCCCCCCCGCCCCAAAGCCGUCCACUGGAGUAUUCAUUUGGCUGGUAGUCUUCAUCAUGCCACUUAGCUAAUAGUGUCCCCCCCCCCUCAUUUUUGUUUUUUAAGGAAUGAUUGGAAGCAUCUUGCUUGGUUUUCUCUCUUUCAGUGGCGGAAGAUUGGAGUCCAGUUCUUGCUGCUUUAAUAAGCAACUUGUCAAGGAAUCUAGUUAUAUACUCAAAAUAGUCAUGCAUUGCAGUUUGGGCAGCUCACCCUGCCUACAGUCUAAAAGAGAUAAAAGUAAUCCUGGAGAUAUAAUUUGGGUUAGUUUGUGUUUUUGUUUAAAAAAAUAAUAAUGUGUAAAUAGCUGGGGCAAAACCCUGGCCCAGUGGCAAAUGUCAGGCAGGACUGUAGGGCAGUACCAAGACAAUUUAGAGUUUACUAACUGCCCGAGUUGAUUUAAUACUUGGGAGUUUUUCAGUGCAAGGCCUGAAAUGCCCCAAACUGAUUUGCCCAUUCUUGCAGUGUCUCCUGCACCUCUCCCUUGCCAGAUCACCUUGGGACAUAGGAUGCAUUGUAGUUAGACGCUCUCCCCUCCUCUGGAUCAAUUCCCAGGGUGCCCAAGCUGCUUGUCCAGGGUCUCAUUUCCCUGUUGACACUGGAGAAGUAGAAGUCUCUAACAUCCCUACCCCUGCCCCCUGGUUAAGUAUCAUAUUGUACAGUAGCUUUCAAACCAUACAGUAUUCAUUGGGUUACUCUUAUUAUUAUCAAGUAGCUGGAAUUGUGAAGGUCGGAGUAGUUAGAUCUUUAGCUUUUAUUCCUUUUUUGUAUUACUAUCCAUGUGUAUAAAUUAUUGAUCAUGUUGCUGGCUUUUAUAAACUCUAAGCAAGGGAGGAGCCCUUCUUCACCCUUUGCAAAUGGUAAUGAAGCACUGUUUUUAAAUAAAAGAGAGAAACACCA